AUGAAGAUAAUCAUCUCUCUCUUACUUAUUGCUGCUACUGCUCUUACUUUAUCCUUGGCUGCUGACGAUGCCAAGAAAGAUAUGGGCACUGUGAUCGGUAUCGAUCUUGGUACCACAUAUUCAUGUGUUGGUAUAUUCAAAAAUGGACGUGUAGAAAUCAUUGCCAAUGAUCAAGGUAAUCGUAUUACACCAUCGUAUGUUGCAUUUACUGCCGAAGGUGAACGAUUGAUCGGCGAUGCGGCUAAAAAUCAAUUGACAUCAAAUCCAGAAAAUACUGUAUUUGAUGCUAAACGACUUAUUGGCCGAGAAUUUAGUGAUCCAACUGUUCAACAGGAUAUCAAACAUUUUCCUUUUAAAGUUAGUGAAAAGAAUUCAAAACCAAUUAUUGAAAUCAGCACUGGUAAAGAAAAGAAACUUUUCACUCCAGAAGAAAUAUCUGCUAUGGUACUCGGAAAAAUGCGUGAAAUUGCUGAAGCUUAUCUCGGCAAAAAAGUUACUCAUGCUGUCGUCACUGUUCCUGCUUACUUCAAUGAUGCUCAACGUCAAGCAACUAAAGAUGCUGGAACAAUCUCUGGUUUAAAUGUACUACGUAUUAUCAAUGAGCCAACUGCUGCAGCCAUUGCGUAUGGUUUAGAUAAAAAAGAAGGAGAAAAAAAUAUUCUUGUCUUUGAUUUGGGUGGUGGUACAUUCGAUGUAUCAUUAUUAACAAUCGACAAUGGUGUAUUUGAAGUCGUUUCAACCAACGGUGAUACCCAUUUAGGUGGUGAAGAUUUUGAUCAACGUGUCAUGGAACAUUUUAUUAAAUUAUUUAAAAAGAAAACUGGUAAAGAUGUUCGAAAAGAUAAUCGUGCCGUUCAAAAACUCCGUCGUGAAGUUGAAAAAGCUAAACGAACACUAUCAUCUCAACAUCAAACAAAGAUUGAAAUUGAAUCAUUCUUUGACAAUGAAGACUUCAGUGAAACAUUAACACGUGCUAAAUUUGAAGAAUUAAAUAUGGAUUUAUUCCGUUCAACAAUGAAACCUGUACAAAAAGUUUUAGAAGAUGCCGAUUUGAAAAAAACUGAUAUUGCCGAAGUUGUUCUUGUUGGUGGUUCAACACGUAUUCCUAAAGUUCAACAAUUAGUCAAAGAAUUCUUCGAUGGCAAAGAACCAUCACGUGGUAUUAAUCCAGAUGAAGCCGUUGCUUAUGGUGCUGCUGUUCAAGCUGGUGUUUUAUCUGGUGAAGAAAGUACUGGUGAUAUCGUCUUAUUAGAUGUCAAUCCGCUGACCAUGGGAAUUGAAACUGUUGGUGGAGUAAUGACGAAGAUUAUUCCACGUAAUACAGUUAUUCCAACAAAGAAAAGUCAAGUUUUCUCAACUGCUGCUGAUAAUCAACCGACAGUUACCAUUCAAGUAUUUGAAGGUGAACGACCAAUGACCAAAGAUAACCAUGUAUUAGGAAAAUUCGAUUUAACUGGAAUUCCACCUGCACCACGUGGUGUACCACAAAUCGAGGUUACAUUUGAAAUUGAUGUUAAUGGCAUCUUAAAAGUCACAGCUGAAGAUAAAGGAACUGGAAAUAAGAAUAAUAUUGUUAUCAAUUCAAAUACAAAUCGUUUAUCACCUGAAGAUAUUGAUCGUAUGAUUAAAGAUUCAGAAAAAUUCGCUGAUGAAGACAAAAAAGUAAAAGAACGUGUCGAUGCCAAAAAUGAACUGGAAUCUUAUGCUUAUUCAUUAAAAACACAAUUGAAUGAUAAGGAAAAACUGGGUGGAAAAUUAUCAAGUGAUGAUAAGGAAAAAAUUGAAAAGGCUGUUGAAGAACAAAUCAAAUGGUUAGAAUCAAAUCCAGCUGCUGAGGUUGAUGAAUUAAAAGAACAUAAAAAGGAAUUAGAAGAAAUUGUUACACCUAUCAUGACAAAAUUAUACGGUCAAGCUGGUGCUGGAGGAGCUGGCGGCGCUGGUGAUGCUCCACCACCACCACCACAUGGACACGAUGAUGAUAGUUUGUAA